GGAAACGACUUUGUUUGGGGUUUAGCUGUCGUGCAGGUCACGUCAUCUAUUGUUUUUGUCAAAGUGCUUAAACACACGAGCUACAAAGCUCUAAGACAAUUUCUCAUAGCAAGUUCUAUGUAAGAAUAAGAACGAAAGAAAGAAUUUCAUGAGUCUCUCCCUCGCCUAGAUCAAAUCAUAAUGAAGAACGACGUGUUCUUGAGUUUCAGAGGAGAGCAGACCCGCAAAACUUUUCUAAGCCAUCUUCUUAGUUCAUUAAAGAAGAAAGACAUCACAACUUCCACAUCUUCAGAGUCUUGCCCCGUGUCGGUUCAAGCCCUCCAAGUAUCUCUGGUUGCGAUCCCUAUAUUCUCAAACGACCACGCGUCUUUGGACUUGUGGGUCGACGACUUGGCAACGAUUAUUGAUUGUGAGAAGAAAGGAACUUUGACCGCAGUGCCUGUCUUCUUCCAACUUGAUCCAAACGAUUUCUUGAAAAUGUUGAGAACUGCAGGAAAAGACGCCCAAACCAUGCAUGAGCCUCAGAGGAGGCCCCUUGAGAUUGUCAAGAAGUGGCUUGACGCUCACAUAAUCAACAAAUCUGGUUUUAAUUCCCUCGACUGCAAGGAUGACUCAGAGCUGGUGGGUAAAGUUACUAGUUUCGUUUCCGAUAUUCUGACAUCUUCCACAUCAAGAUAUCAGACUAGUACUGGUCUCAGUACUUAUAGGAGUUUGAAGCUAUUGUUCAAAAUAAAGCUAAGUGAGGAAAUGCAUAAGCCUUUGCGGAGGAUAUCAGUAAGAGACAAUACUGACAUCAGGAGAAACUCACGUUUUGAAGAUCUGCGAGCAUUAACGUUGCGUGCAAAGUCCACAAUAAUAGGAGUUUGUGGAGUUGAGGGUGUUGGGAAGACAAGCCUUGUAAGACACGUUUAUGAUGAUAUCUCGCCUCACUUUCAGCACUAUUUUUUCUUCAUAAACAGGAUCCGAACACAAGAUUGCAGCUACAAACCAGAGUCGUUAGUGACUGAUCUCGCUCGUGAAGCUUUAAAAGAGAGUAGCUUCCAUGGGAGAUCUAUUGAUGCCAUCAAAGAAAUGAUCCGACGCCGGAAGGUUCUGCUAGUUGCUGAUGGUGUGGAUGACAUUAAGCAGCUAAAAGGUAUAAUCAAAGAAGCCAGUUGGUUUGGUCCAGGAAGUCGAGUCAUUGUAAUCACUAAAGACAGGUCAAUGCUUACUCAAUGUGGAGUGAAACACAUAUACGAGCUUGAGUGUCCUAAAUUUGAGGAAGCUCUUGCUUUAUUCUCGGAGUUUGCUUUCAAGGAAAGAAACCCUCGUCCCGGAUUCGAGGAACUUUCGUUUCUUGCUGUCCAAGUUUCAAAUCGUCUUCCUCUUACCCUUAAAAUGUUGGGAACGUUUUUAUGCAACAAGGAGAAAAGUGAAUGGGUAAGUACAUUGCGUAGGCUAGAAGCUUCACAUAAUAACUACGCUACAGAGGUUUGUAGGUAUGUCGGAGCAGAUAACUACGCACCAAGACGUCCGAUGAAGGUGGACCACCACGUUGGAGUCGACGAAGCAAACCGUUUACCAUAUUACCAGUUUUUUCUCUUAAGUGAUCAUAUAACUCAAUAUAUCCUUUUCAGAAUCACGUACUUUUUUAUUGUUUUCAAGUAAUCUUGUGCAAAUGGU